AGAAAAUGGAAGAACGUUUAGAUUCGGAUGUGACGUUUUCCGGGUAGCGUGACGUCUAAAUUACGUCACAACACGUAACAUUCGUCGUAAUCCAAAAUGGCUGCGCUCUUGUCAGCCACAAUGGACGCUGCCAGUUAGCCGGCGAGCUAUCAUACUUUGAGUAAAUCACUGAUUGUUCUUGGACGGAUUUUUUUCUGCCUGCGGAUAUAUGUUGAAGCAGGCAGGCAGCGCGGGCCCGUCCUCUUCCUCCUCCUCUUCCUCUUCCUCCUCCUCCACGGUGGCCUCCCCUCAGUCGAUGAAGGAGUCCAAAGAAAACGCAGCGGGCGGCCAGCAGGCCAUGUUGGACCACAUCAAGCCGUGCUGGUACUGGGACAAGAAAGAUUUGGCGCACACGCCCUCUCAGUCCGAAGGCCUGGACCCCGGCACGGAAGCCCGCUACCGCAGAGAGGGGGCCCGCUUCAUAUUCGACGUGGGCACCCGACUCGGCCUACAUUAUGACACGCUGGCGACGGGCAUCAUCUACUUCCAUCGCUUCUACAUGUUUCACUCUUUCAAACAGUUCCCCAGAUAUGUGACGGGCGCUUGUUGUCUCUUUCUGGCGGGCAAAGUGGAGGAAACUCCCAAAAAGUGUAAAGACAUCAUCAAGACGGCGCGCAGUCUGCUCAACGACGUGCAGUUCGCGCAGUUCGGAGACGACCCCAAGGAGGAGGUGAUGGUGCUGGAGCGAAUCCUGCUGCAGACGAUCAAGUUCGAUCUGCAGGUGGAGCAUCCGUACAUGUUCCUGCUGCGAUACGUGAAACAGCUCAAAGGCGAAAAGAACAAAGUGUGCAAGGUUCUCCAGAUGGCCUGGACCUUCGUCAACGACAGCCUGUGCACGAUGCUGUCGCUGCAGUGGGAGCCCGAAAUCAUCGCGGUGGCCGUCAUGUACUUGGCCGGCCGCCUGUGCAAGUUCGACAUCCAGGAGUGGACGGCCAAGCAGUCGUCGCGCCGCUGGUGGGAGCAGUUUGUGCAGGACGUCCCUGUUGAGCUUUUGGAAGACAUCUGCCACCAGAUCCUGGACCUUUAUUCCCACGGCAACAAGCCCAUCCCCCAGCAGUUGCAGGAGAAGGAGCGGGCGGCGUCCGCGCCCGCCGCCCCCCCUGACUCCCGCCCCGCCGCCGCCGGCCGCCGUCCCGCCCCGCCGCCGGCCAAGAAGACGUCCCCUCAGGGUGGCAGCCCGGUGCGCCAACUCAAACGGGCACACACCUCCCCCAAGGAAGAAGUCAAGCCCCCAGAACAAGUUGGCUCGAAGAUUCCUCGGCUGGAGGGCCCCAUGCCGCCGUUGCCCACCUCGCAGCCGCCGCCAGAGCGCAAACCCGCCGCACCCGCCCCGCCCGCCGAAGCGGAGCCCCCGAGCGAGGCGGCCCCCCCGCCCCCUCACGCGCCGCCGCCCAACCAGCCCCCGCCGCUCCCCCACCGGCCCCCCCCGCCGCCGCCCUCCAACUACCUCAUGUCCACCACCGGCUCCUACAUGUCAGGUGAGGGCUACCAGAGCCUGCAGUCCAUGAUGAAGACCGAGGCACCCGCCUACGCGCCCCCAAUGCCGCCCGCGUACGCGCCCCCUAUGCCACCCUACCACGUCUACCCGCCGCCCACGGCCCCGCCGCCGACGCACCCUCCGCCCGCCGGCUACCCGCCCCCCGCGAUGCCGCCCGGCUACCCUCCGCCGGGCUACGCCAACUACCCUCCGCCGCCGCACAUGCCCCCGCCGGGCAUCGGCCUCCCCCCGGCCGGGUACCCGCCUCCGCCCGUGCCGCAGGGCCAGCCGCAGGUGCCCCUGCCCCCGCCCCCCGGCAUGCCCAUGGCCCGCGGCGGCUGGAUGAGAUGAACUGCAGCCAAAAAAGACUUGCGAAAGUCACGGUGCGCCCGAUUUGUUUUCUUUCUCUUUUUUUUUUUAGUCGUACGCGCUUCUUCUUCUUCUUCUUCUUCUUUGGUCUGCCGGUUGCAAAAUUUCCAUUUUUCCGGCUUCUAUUUUCUUCGGUCAUCUCGUCAGGGUUUCGGCGUUUACGCCCUCGUGUGCCUUAACCCUCGUAUUAUGUUCUGAUCCAAUUUGACCCGUUUCUAUUUUUGCGUUGGCCAAACUAAACUAAACUAAAGCAAAGCAAAUCAAUUCGUUGUGCUUUGCAUAAUUUAAAGCAUUCAACUACAAUGAAAUAAAACAUUUUAAAAUAGUCGAAUUAAAGCAGCGUGUGUAGUUCAAGAAAUAUCAUGGAAAAGUGGAACUACUCAAACGUGAAAAAGUUCACAUGUGGGGCUGACGUCACCGUGUUGACGUGAAAGCAUGGAUGAGUUUUUCGUGUUCUGCUUGACUCACUCCAGACCUGUUCUUCACUUUUGGUAACUGAUUUGAGUUGUAAUCUUAUCGGAACACCAAGGUUGUGGACUUGGUCUUUGUCAGUCCAGGUAUUUACUAACUGCAGUCGUCUCCGUUUGCUUGAAGAAGGUUUUGGCUCAUCCUGUUAUUUAUCUGCUUUAGAUACCGUUACAACACCUCAGUUGGCAUCUGGAGGGACUGCUAAAUGUAAACGUGCGUCAUCUGCACAGCUAUGAUAGUCGAAAGUAAAGUUCGGGAAAAUUUGACCCAAGGGUGGCGUAUACAGGCUGAACAGGAGGGGUGCAAGAAUUGACCCUUGAGGAACCCCAUAGGUGGAAGCGUUCCAUUAUAUCGAAGCCACGUUUCCAACCUGUUUCGAAGUCGACCGCGAUCUACGGUAUCAAAAUCCGCAAUCGGUUCCAACAAAAACAGAUGAUCAGAUUCUGUACUGUGAUGAGUUCCGAAACCAGAUUGAAAUUUGUCAAAAAAUUUAAGAAAUGGGCGAGUUGGUUAAAAAUCACUUUCUCAACAAUCUCGGCUAUGAGACGGAGAAUCGAGACGGGUCUUUCGCUUGCGAGCACGGAAGUGUCUGACGCUCUUUUUAGGGUUCAGGAAAGUCUGCAGAUUGAAGUCAGCAGUUGAUUAUUUGCUGCAAAUCGGCUCGCGCGAUCGUUUUGAAAAAGUCGGAUGGGAUUGAGUCGAGACUGCUCGUUGAUGGGUUUUAGUUGCUGUGCAGUUUUCCUCGGGGGGGGGGGGGGGGCAAACUAUCAAAUUCUGACACGGGGUGAUAAGAGUUUUCCCUUGGUAGCUUCAGUUGCAGGAUAGGAUCGUUUUACUGUUAUUUAAUCUGAUGAAUCUUAUUAUUAUUUUUUUUUUUUUUACUUAAACGGAAUUUAGUGUUGAAGAUAAUCGCAGUCCAGUGUGACGAACCAGAUUAAUCCACAUUUUCAGUAUAUAUAUAUAUAUAUAUAUAUUUUUUUUAUUGCUACGUGUCAAAUAAGUUACCAGUGGGUGCAAAAAAAGCAACAAGACUCGGCAUUCGUGAUAAAGUCUACGUGUACACUUUUAAGGCUCAUUUGUUGAAAGGCGUGUGUUCAUUAAAAAAAAAAAUAAUAAUAAUAAUUGGCAGACUAACGGUGGGCAAUUUCAUCCGUUAUUCCGCUCCAAGAUUCUUUAACGACGUUCCACAAUUUAUGUAUCUUUUGCCAUCCAUUUUGAUGGCCAUCUUCCGUUUUCUGCGCAUGUUUUUCUCUCCAUUUGAAGGCGUUUUAGCUGAACAGUAUGGAAGUAAAUAUGUGCCAGCAGGAUUUGAAUUUGAAAUGGAAAGUCGUUAAAUUUUUAAUAGUUGCUCCAAUUCGCUGUCUGAAAUGCAGGGUUACUUAAGGUCAGAGCUGAAGAGCCAGCCAAUCGCAGUUACGCUUUCUUAGUCACGUGACUUCAUUUGACUAAUAAAGCGUAACUGCGUUUGGCUGGCUGUUGGGUUCUGGUUGUGAUUUUUAGACAGUGAAUCGUAGCCGGUUGAAUUGUUAACAUUCAAAAGUGACACUGAAAGCCAAGCAUUGAAAAUGUGAUGACUUUACAUCUCAAGUUCAAAUCCUGGUGGCACUGAUCUACUUGUAUAACCUCAAUUUUUUUUGUUGAACCUCUUUAUAAGUUUUCCCCUUCUCCAAUCCAAGUGCGCCGUUCUUCUGGGCAACGUGUUGAACGACCCGUUUUUCGGCCCACUUGGUGAUUUUUUUUUUUUUUUUUUUUUCACGAAAGCGAUUGAACGCACCCCUUUCGACAAAUUGCCCAGUCGCGAAUGUUUGGCGUCUCGUCGCUUUUCUGCGACUCGACCGGACCUCCUGCUAACUUGUUUGACGUAGCGCUAAAAAAAAAACCCAACGUACUGCAAAUGUGGAUUUCGGUCACACUGGACUGCAAUUAUUUUCACCACUACUUUACCAGGUGUUACAAGUUCUGGAGCUGGUUCUGGUUUUGGGGGCGCCGGCAAACAGGAUGUGAGUAUUGUUGAAGUCCUUACUGAUGAUUUCAGGGCAGUCUUUGCUGUCUAGUCGUGACUAACUUAUUGUUAUGAUUUAUGAUUUUGCCUCAUUUAGAAACUAACUAACAAAGACCAGAUGAUAGUUUGCGAUGAUGUCGUUAUAUUAGUACGUUUCUUCCGGCUCGUCCCGUUAGGGGUCACCACAGCGCGACAUCUCAGAUGAACGCUCGUAUUUGUUUGGCACAAUUUUUUUAACCGCGACGUGCCCUUCCUGACGCUGGGAUAUGAACUCACAACCCCAGGUUUAGCAAACCAAAGGCUCUUAACCACUGAGCUACGUGAUGAUUUGAUAGAUUCACAUUGUAAUCGUAGGAAGGGAAAAAUGCCCCCCCCCCCAACAUAAUACAAGGGUUAAAGGCUUCUUUGUGUUUUUUUUGGAUUUCUGAAAAUAAUAUCCCCCCCCCCGUCUUCUCUAUUUGACCAAAUUCGGGAUCAUACGACAAGGUGCAAUGAUGAAUCAGCUAAUCGAUUAAAUUAAUCAACUGUGACCCGAGUUCUGCGAGAAAAUACAUGUGGACCGGCGCAACCGGCUUGGGAGUCACUGAUGGCUUAGCGGUACACGCGCCUGCCUUUGGCGCGGGCAGCGUGGGAUCGAUUCCCGCUCAGUCACUGUGUCGAUAUAUGCCCCGCUGUAGUCCGCCUUUCACCUCUAGCGAGCUGGGAUAGGCUCCAGUUUUCCCGCGACCGUUGUGAGGAUAAGUGGUUUGCAUAAUGAGUCAUAUUGGGAAAAAGUAAAAGGAGCAUGCAGAAUGCAACUAAAUUGAUUGGUACAGUAAGUUUCCUUUCGGUUUGUCCACUAGGGGUCACCACAGUGUGCCAUCUCACAAUUUUUACACCAGAUGCCCUUCCUGACGCAGCAGUGGGAUCCGAACUCACGACCCUUUGUUUCCCAAACCAAUGCUCUAACCACUGAGCUGCGGGGCCACAAUUGCUGUAAGGCGAGAUUGGUUUCAUACCAUAUUCAAAAUUGCCAGAAGGGGUCAGUGUCUGUGCAAAAAUGAAACAAGCACAACCGUCUCUGUCAUCAUCUCCGGUUUUAUUUUCUCUGCUUUUGCUUCUCGCGCCAGUUGCGAGCCGCUCGGACGUCGCAGGGCGCGCGAGCGAUCUCCGCCGGCCCCCGUUAACAAAAGUUCCGAAACAAAAGCGCGCCGCGACGUACAAGUCAGGACGUUUAUAUACAUUUUUCUACAAGAGAAUCAUGGCUUCCGAUCGUUUCCUAGCAAAAAAAAAAAAAGGACACUUUUCACUGGGAAUAAAUUGAUCUUGUAUUGACUGUAAGUCAACACUGGGGCCACACCGGAGGGGCGAGGGUGGGGGGGUCUGGAGAAAAAAUAUGUAUAAAAUGUAUUUUCCCCUAAAACUACAAUUAAAAAAAAUUGAAAAUGCUCAACUCCGUUUCCAUUCAAGAGUGCACAUUUUUUUUUCAUUAAAAAAAUAAAAUAAAAUCACCAUAACACAAAAUCAAAGUUAAACUACUUCUGCCCGUUUCUAGAAGAAAAAAAAUGGUCAAAAAAGUCCAUUAUUUCUUGUGUAACAAUUCUACAGGAUAAAAAAAAAAUGGUCUAAAGUUGUCUAAAGACUUCUUAAAAAAAACUUAUCUAUAAAGAAAAAUCAAAAGUGCACUGUGGAGGGGAAAAAAAAAACUUGUGGGGGCGGAGUGCUCUA